AUGUCUAAUAAUGUAAAACAGAUGUUAUUAUCUGAUAUUUCUCAAAGUCGUUAUUAUGCAUUGCAAGUCGAUGAGUCCACCGACAUUGCGAAUUUUGCAAAUCUUAUGGCAUUUGUUAGAUACGAAAAAAAUCAAGAAAUUCAUGAUGACUUUUUAUUUUGCCAGCCUUUAUUAGGUCACACAACAGGAGAAGAUAUCUUUAAUGUUAUGAAUACAUUUAUGCAAGAGAACAAAAUUGAUUGGAAUAGAUGUGUUGGAAUAAGCACAGAUGGAGCAAAAAGUAUGGUCGGAAUUAAUAAAGGACUCAUUGCAAGAAUUCAAAAUGUUGCUCCAAAUGUCAUAUCCACACAUUGUUGCAUACACAGAGAGGCUUUGGCAACACGUAAGAUGCCCGCUGAUCUACAGAAAGUUCUGGAUGAAAGCGUGAAAAUCAUUAACUACAUUAAAAGCCAUCCUUUGAAUGCACGACUUUUUUCACAAAUAUGUGAAGAAAUGGGAAGAAGUCAUACCCAGCUGCUUUUUCAUACCGAUGUUCAUUGGCUAUUUUGGGGAAAAAUUCUAAACCGAUUGUUCGAACUUAGACAUGAACUUCAAUGCUUUCUUAAUGAUAGAUUUGAGUUGAGAAAUUGUUUACAUGACUGGAAAUGGCUUUGUAAACUAGCAUACUUAGCAGAUAUAUUCUCUGUUUUAAAUUGCCUCAACUUAUCGUUACAAGGCAAAGAAAUUUCAUUGUUUCACGUUCAAGAUAAAGUGAACGCUACCAUCACAAAACUAAAUUUAUGGCAAAAGAGAGUUGGUAAUGGAGAAGUAGACUUGUUUCCCUCUCUUCAUGAGUUUAUAACAAGUUCGGCUACUAAAAUUGAGGCUGAUACUCUGAAAUGCAUAAUACAGCAUUUGGAGAGUUUGCAAGUUGGCUUGAAAAACUAUUUCCCUGAUUUAAACAAAAAUAUUGAAUGGAUAAGAUAUCCGUUCAACAUUAACACAACAUCCAUGCCAGAAGGUUUGUCGCAUGCGGAAGAAGAGCAAUUGUUGGAGUUAGCUUCGGACGGAUUCUUGAGAAAUAAACAUAAGGAGUGUACUUUAACAUCAUUCUGGUUACAAAUGCAACAUGUGUAUCUGGUUUUAACAGAAAAAGUCCUGAAAUACAUCUUGCCUUUUCCAACUUCAUAUUUAUGA